CAACUAUUCACGUAAAUCAGAAGUUUUCUAGUUUUCUUAAAACUCUAACUUUGGGUUUUUCUUUCGGUUCUCAAUCUCUUCCCGUCGUUCGUUAUGGCGACCUCGUCUUCAAAGAAGAUCGUUCUGAAAAGUUCCGACGGUGAGACGUUCGAAGUUGAUGAGGCGGUGGCGGUGGAGUCUCAGACGAUCAAGCACAUGAUCGAAGAUGACUGCGCUGACAGCUGCAUCCCUCUACCCAACGUCACAAGUAAUAUCCUCUCGAGGGUGAUUGAAUACUGUAAGAAGCAUGUUGAAACACCGAACACCGAUGAUAAGACAGCCGCGGAAGAUCUGAGGUCGUUUGAUGCCGAAUUCGUGAAUGUCGAUCAGGGCAUUUUGUUUGAUCUUAUUCUGGCUGCUAACUAUCUAAACAUCAAGAACUUACUGGAUCUGACCUGUCAAGCUGUUGCUGACAUGAUGAAAGGCAAGACUCCUGAACAAAUUCGCGUGCUCUUCAACAUCAAGAACGAUUUCAGUCCAGAAGAAGAAGCAGAAGUGCGCAGGGAGAAUGCAUGGGCAUUUGAGUAAAUCAUGUAGGCCGCAACUGUCGAUAGCGUAGUAGUAUAUAAAGUCAGUGACUUGCUUUUUUAUUAACUAUUUUUGGGUGUCUUUUAGACGUUUUGGUUUUGAAGCUACAUAAACUUCAAAGUGUUUUGAAUUCAUUUUGGUUCAAAUGGGAAAUCUUGACUCUUUCUUUUUUUUUUUCCCAAUUUUUGCGUACUUCUUUUUUGUCAUCUGGUUCUGUUUAUAACUUAUCUUAAGUUUUUCUUUAUCAAAUUAAUGUGUC